AUGGCUCUUCCGGUGGCUGUUGUUACUGGCGCGAACUCUGGCUUGGGGAUGGCGCUGAGUGUGAAGCUGGCACGGAACCACUUGGUCUUUGCAGGCAUGCGCAGCUUGGCAAAGAAGGAUUCCUUGCUCGAGGCCGCGACGAAGGCCGAGGUUUCGGGCAACAUCCGUGCAAUCGAAGUGGACGUAAACACGGACGCUUCCGUGGACAACGGGCUUGUCCCUGCAUUGAAGGAAGCGGGUCGUGUCGACGUGCUGGUGAACAAUGCUGGUUACAGCCAGGCAGGCAGUGUCGAGAUGCUGGCCAUGGAGGCAAUGAAGGCUCAAAUGGAGACAAACCUUUAUGGCGUUAUCAGAUGUCAGAAAGCAGUGCUUCCCUUUAUGCGCCAGCAGAAGUCGGGCAAGAUCAUCAACAUCUCGUCAGUCGGGGGUAUUUGGGGUCAGCCUUUCAACGACAUCUACUGUGCGUCGAAGUUUGCUCUCGAAGGCCUGACAGAAAGCCAGGCACCACUGUUUCGUACUUUCGGUGUACAUGUCUCCUGCGUGGAACCCGGGGCGAUCAAGUCUGCUUUCUGGGCCAACGCACAAAUGCCAGAUACCAGUGUUAUGCCAGCAGAGUACCAGAAGCCACUGCAGUCGACCAUGGGGGCAUAUGGCAAGUCCGCAAGUGUUGGACAGACGCCUGAUGAGGUCGCAGAUGUGAUUCUCGAGCAGAUUAUCAACGCGGCAAGCCCUCCGGUCCGUGUCCAGACAAACCCCAGCAUCCAGAAAGUUUUCGAGCAGCAGCUGGGGCAAAACAUCUCUGGAGAAGUCGCAGCCCAAAUGAUGUCCAAGCUUUUCAAGAUUUCCUUGUCCAGUGUUCGGACUUCCUUCGCCGAGCUUCGCUCCCUCAUCGUUGACAGCUACCGAGUACGUCGGCUUCCUCGAAGAGGUAAAGGCGAUUUCCUGGCCUCGAAGGGGGGCGGCGCAGACCCACCAAGAAACCCUUGCAGCAGACCAGAAGUGUCCAGGUUGGUGGGCUUGACAGCUAUGCUGGCAUUCUCCGGGCUGCGGAAUGCCCUCAUCGUGGCGGUGCUCUUCAGCCUCAGUGCUGCGCAGACCGAUGUCGUCACUCCCUGGGUAGAUGUCUGUACAUCAGAGGACUUCUCAGCAGAGGACCGCGAAGAGCUGUGCCCAGCAACCUUCGUGGUGUCGACACUGGCCUACAACCCGCUUUAUCCAGGGAGCCUUGCCAACAUCACCAUUAUACUGCAACCUUCCAGAGAUCUGCCGAGCAGCAUCCAGCGGACGCAGUACAUCGAUUUCAACCUUGUUGGCUUCGAAGCCGUCGGAACGCAGAACACUGCGAACGCCCUGAUUCGAGACCUGGAGAUCACUGCUGGCAACACAGUACCUUUGGGAGUGGAUCCGCUAUUUGGCUACAACACGCAACAGAAUCCACUCUUUACCACCCCCGCGCUGUACAAUCUCGCCUCUCGGCUCCUGAGACUAACAGUGCGGACUGGGCAAUCGUUGCUGGCCGGCACCGACACUGAGGUGACGAUUUGCUGCAUGAGGCUUCCCACAUCCUCUCCGCAGGAUUUUUCCGGCUAUACGAUCUCGGGCCCGACGUCCUUAGAUACACUGACUUCUAUCAACGAGGAGCCGAUCCUGAACUCGCCGGAAAUCGAUCCUGGCCUUCAGUGGGACUUCCUCCGUGUUGCAUUUGCUCCGCCAGUGUCCUCUUCCCUCACCAUCAUUCACCUCACCAUUCGGCCUGCCAACCCGCUGACCGAUCGUGCUCGCAUCAUUCUGUCUAUGCCCCUGGUGCAGCGAGAGAACAAUGUGAGCGGCGAGGUAAAUUUCAACACAGCAAACAGCCUGGAUGGGGCCGAUUGGAUGUUCUUCGAAAGCAGGGCGCUGUGGGACGCGAUGGAGGGGAAGCUGACCUUCUUCGUCAGAGAGGGCAGGGUGCUCGACCGUCAGGUCACAUUGUCAACAGAGCCCGAUGAGUUUCGGCUUCCAAUCGAGCUCGAAGCUGACAGUCCCACUCUCGAGGUCUCCGCGAGAUCCUUCGAUAACAUCGAUGAGGUAGUACGGGAGACCCCUGUCACGCAAUCAAGCGCGGUGCCCCACGUGCGCAACUUCACCUUCAGCCGGCUCAUGUACAGCAACGGCAUGCCCAACCAAAUGAGCAGCGUCAUGUUCCACUUCUCUACCAACAGGCCUCUCUUCGCUGGAUCAGUUGUUUAUCUGCGCCUCUCGGGCUUCACCUCACAGCGCGUGCAGGUGCCCCUGAAAGGGACCACAAAGGCGAACUUCAGGGACGAGAGUGCAGUUUUCAACAUCCCGGAGAACGAAAUCGAGCUCCAUGUCAUCAGGACCCUGUACUCGGAUGAGUAUCUGGUGCAGGUCGAGCUCACAGAACUGAUUCUCCCGCCAGCCCUCUACGCGAACGACACUUCUCUGCUUGUCUGGAAUUCAGAUCCAGGGGCUCCGCGGCAGCCUGUGGACGACUCUCCAAUGGUCGGUAUGGGUGACAAGACCUUCAGGCGAUCCCAGCUGGCCUUCGACCCGGCAGAGCCCAGGUUGGCUGCAAACGUCAGCUUCACCCUGGAGCCGACCAUCGUCUUCUACCAAGGUGACCGCAUCGUCAUUCACAUGUACGGAUUUGCGUGCACCUUGACCUCGAUCCCGCUCCUGGGCGCCGAUGCUUUUCGAAUUGAGAACCAGGCGGCCUCGUGGACUCAGGAGGACAGUAUGCUGGUGUUCACUGUGGCGGAAAAUGAGAUUAUCAGCAACGCCAUGCCCUUCCGGGUGUCCAUCGGCCGGGACAGCGUUUUCCGCCUGCCGGACAAGCUCAGUGAGAAUGACGGCAUCCUGCGUAUCGAAGGCAAGGGUGCGUUGAUAGACCUCGAGCCCAUCAAAAAGAUCCCGAAAGUCGGAACGGAUAAGUUCGUCAUCGAAUCCAUCGUCGAGUUUGAGCCGGAGGACUCGUCAAUCAAUGCUUUCACGAGAAUCAGCUUCUCGCUAGUGUUGAAUACGGACGUCCUCCCGAAUUCGACGAUGUACAUCAAGCUUGGUGGGCUUGUACGAGAUCCUGGGCGAACGAACUUGAUCGGUGUUCAGGGAGCCGCGCGCUCCGGCACGGUGAAGAUCUCCGGAGCUAACGGGCCACUUUUCCGAAACGAGGAAGGGUACUGGGACCAGGACCAGGUCCUGUUGACGGUGCAGAUGGUCUCCACAGUACAGAUCUUUGCGGGUGAGCGUGUUCGCUUCUUUAUCGAGCGCGAUCAGGACUUCAAGCUGCCGUACUCGGCAUACCAGAGCGAUCCGUCUUUUCGAUUGGCAGUGCCAGAGGCUGGCAUUCCGGAGCGGCCAUUUCAAUUCUCCACACGGGUGAGCCAAGAAGGCAAGCUUUUCAUCGUGUCAGAGAUCUACUACGGAUCUCGAGGAGCGGUGGCAUACCCAAACACCGUGGUGGAAUUCAACUUCUGGUUCCGGCCAAAUGUCAACCUUCCUGCUGGGACCACGGUGCGAUUGAAGCUUCCUGGCUUCACCUGCCCCUUUACGGAUGUCCCGAUUGGAACACAGGAGGUGCCCGUGUCCAACGCUUACGACCUGAGUGACUUCAUCCGCACUGGCCUUUGGGAUCAGAUGGCAGAGACCUUCGACCUCGUGGUGCCCAUCGGACAGCAGAUCUAUCGCCAGCAGCCAACGGUCUUGCGGAUCAUGGAGUCCAGUGGUUUCCGACUGCCGGCGACGCCACUUCUGCCGAACGACCCAUCCCUCACCAUUCAAGCAAUUGGGAAUGUGGUGAUCUUCGAGGAGCCCAUCAAGACGUCUCCUCGAGUAGUCGAUCGAUCGUUCAUGGUGUCGGAGUUCAUCUAUGCGCCGCCGCAGCAAGACAGCAUCUUUCAGCUGAAGAUGAUCCUGCAGCCUACGGUGAACAUCACCGAGGACAACGACAUCAUCAUCUUCUUGCCUGGGUUCCGAAACUCGUUGGCCAAAGUGAACAUCCACAUCAUGGGUGAGGACCGGUUCCGCAUCGAGAACUCGAUGGGCUACUGGAAUGAGACGACCGCAAGGUUGAGGUUAUCGGUGCCGCUCAGAGAGGUAAUCCCUGCCUUCACAAUGAUGGACCUACGCAUCGAAGAGAGCCAGGGCUUCCUUCUACCAGCCGCCCUGAAUGCCAACGAUACCUCGCUUACGAUCCAGUCCGUCAACAACAUCCAGGAAGAGCCCAUCAAGACAUCUCCCAUGGUGGGCAAUGGGCCUUUUGCAGGACACAUGUUCUGCAUGUACCAGUACGAGGUUGGCACCCGAAGCCCUUCGCCAAUCUGCGCGACAGCUUUGGACUGCAACCCGCCACUGACGGACCCCUGCAAUCCACAGGAGCUCUUGAGGUGCGGAUGUGAUGCCAGGGUCGACGAGGUCUUUCCGAUGUCGAUUCUGGGUUUCAACUUGCAGCAGGAGGACUCGGUGCACUUCCUCCCCAACCAGCAACGCUGCAGCUUCGAUUUGAUAGGCCCGAGGAUAUUGAAUCCUUUCUCAGAGCCGAUCAGCCAGGUUGUUUCAGAGGGUCAGGAUCAGAUAACCUACGAAGGCAUGACUUCGAUCGAGACGGGUCUCUAUAGAGUCUGCGCAAUCCAUGUUGGCCGCCUUUAUGAUGUUGGCAUGGUGGUCGUGCGGCCCUCCUGUGCGGUGCCAUUGGUUCUGGUCGAUGGCGCUUGCGUGGAACACUGUCCGAGAACGAAGAUACCAAUUGCUGGAAAGUGUAUGCGUGACACACUCGCCUUCCAUGCCCGCGACACGCAGGACUACAUGCUGCCAAUCCGCAUGACAGACCCGUACGAGAGUAGCGGAACUCCAAUUGCUUCGCGAUCCUCCGACGAUGCAGAGCAGCGAUACUUCAUCUACCGCUACGUCUACGAGAUGGGGAAGAUACUCAACGCGGAUCCAACGCGAAUUCAAGUGGCGUCACUCUCCAAUGGAUCGGUGGUGGUGAACACCGUUUUCAAGGUGGUUGGGACUUGGAAUGACAUCAAAUCCACGGACGAGCGCAGUCCCUGGGGUCUCAUUUCAUUACUGAAGGCGCUACAAGCUGAUACCAGCUCGCAGCUGUACCAAAGCCCGUUCUUCAAGUUCAUCGAUCGCAGUGCUAUGCCGGAGCCGCUGCCUGUUCGACUGUGCGACGAUGGUGUCUUCAGGGUCUUCUGUCCGUAUACCGGAGGCAUUAUGAGCACCGGCGAAGCCCUCGGCAUCCUCUUCCUCGGCAUUGCCAUCGUGCCUCUGGCACUGGGCUGCCUCUGUUGCGGUCUUUGGCACAUUGAUGUUGACAAGGGAUCAGUUGUUGAUGUCGACGAUAUCGUCGAGAAGCUUCAGGAGGACCCUAGUCAAGUGGACCCGAAGCUCCAGAUCGAGUAUGCCGAGUCCUGGCUCCAAGGGCGUUUCAUGGGUGAGGAGUGGCAGAAGCAGAGGAAGGUCAUUGCCAGCAUUGCGUAUUGA